AAUGUCCCGUUUUAUAUGUUUUGGUUGUUAAGAUUUGUGAUGCUGUUUUGUUUUGCUUGAUUUAAUAAUAAUUCAUUUAAAUAUUUUAUUUCAAACUCAAUUGUAUUUUUAAUCAAUUAACAUUCAAUUCAAAAGUAAUGAAUACAAUAUUCCAUACACCUUCAUUUGGAGACGAAGAAUUUGAUUUAACAGAUAUCGAAACGAAUACAAAAGCUACAACGGCAACGGCAACGACAGCAACAACAACGCAAACUACACCUAAAAAUUAUGACAACAAUGUGUCGUACGCCGAUAGUCAAGUACGUGAAAUUUGGUUAAGUGAAAAACUGCCAGAAAACGUUUUAAACAAAACUACUUCGCAAAGAGUGCGCAGCAUGGAUGACACGUUGCAAGACCCCGGAAUUGCAUCCACAGCUACAACAUCUGCUGAACCGAAGAAGCCAUUAUCAGCCUAUGCAUUAUUUUUUAAAGAUACGGUGAGCGCAAUAAAACAGCAGAAUCCAGACAGUACAUUUCAAGAGAUAUCUCGCAUUGUUGGGUCUAUGUGGGAGGGAUUGGAUGCUGCGCAUAAAAGUGUAUAUCAAGGAAAAUCUGACACGUUACGGGCCGAUUAUAUGAAACAAAUGUCGCUUUACCGUCAGCAGCAGCAGCAACAACAACAACAGCAGCAGCAACAAGUUAAACAAAGUGAGGGAGUCAGCAAUAAAACGCUACAAACCAAACCGGCUGUAUUCACAAUACCAAGAGAUAAUAACCCAAUUCUUGAUACAGAGGGAUCAACGAAAGCAACAAAGCCACAGACAGAUAUAUUGACUAGGGGUAAAGCUAAUGUACAAGUGAGUAGUGUUGACCUAACAGACGAUUCGUCGUCAAACGAGAUAGAAGCACAACCACAAAUUCAGUUGCUCACAGAAGCUGGAUCAGCACAGAAAUGCGCGCGGGACAGUUGCACGAAACGUGCGAUAAUUAAUCCAGAUUGGGAGGAUGAGUACUGCAGCAAUGAAUGUGUUGUCAUACACUGCCGAAAUGUAUUCAAUGAAUGGGUUAAGUCCAAUCAAGGUAACGUUGAAAAUGAAGAUAAAGAGGAGGUAAAAAUUACUUAAUUCGAAUUCGAAUAUAUAUUUAAUAAGAUUAUGUUUAUGUGGUUUAAAUAAAGACUAAUUUAAUUAUUUCAUUAAAAAUGAGUUUUAUAAGUUGUAUGAACAACUAU